CUCCCACUCUGUCCAAAACCCAUCCACAAAGUUUCUGAAGUUCACCUCAACUCAGUGUUCAACAACACCGUACACUGGAUUGUCACCCUGGAUGAAAUGGUUAUCUCAUCUUGAUUUUUUUUUUGUUGGCGUAUGCAGGGGAGAUAUUUUUGGAUUAUUAUCAACAGAUAAUGAUGCUGCCCCGGUACUGAUUCAGGGUGUGACUGCUGGAGGCAGAGAGAGAGAGAGACACACACCUCAGUGACGCUGACUAACAAGUGACAGGCCAGACUGGACAGCUUGAUGGUGGUAAUAAGCUAAACAAAACAGACCCAAAACCAAGGCAGAGAUGGAAUUACGACUGGGAUUUAGGAUCACCCUGGUCUUGGUCAUCCUGGCCUUGACUCUUUCCGGCGAGGGAGUGGAAGCACAGAGGGCAGGAUGUAAAAAUGUCCACUAUGACUUGGCGUUUAUCCUGGAUACCUCAUCCAGCGUUGGAAAAGAGAAUUUCGAGAAGAUCAGGCAAUGGGUGGCCAACCUUGUCGAGUCGUUCGAUGUGGCGCCAGACAAGACAAGAGUAGCCGUGGUUCGCUACAGCGACAGAGCCACCACAGAGUUCACCUUGGGUAGACACAGGACCCUGGAAGAUGUUAAGCGAGCUGCCCGUAACAUACGCUACCUGGGGGGGAAUACAAUGACCGGGGAUGCUAUCAGCUACACCACAGCCAACAUCUUCACGGAGCGGAAUGGAGCCAGGCCCGCAGCCAGAGGCAUUCAGAGGGUGGCCAUCCUUCUCACAGACGGCCGAAGCCAGGAUUAUGUUCUGGAGCCCUCGAAUGAGGCUGCCAAAGCUGGCAUCAGGAUGUUUGCUGUGGGCAUCGGGGAGGCGCUGAAGGUGGAGCUGGAGGAGAUCGCCGCCGAGCCAAAGAAUGCCCACGUCUUCCAUGUGACAGACUUCAAUGCCAUUGACAAGAUCAGAGGCAGGCUGCGGAGGAGGCUGUGUGAGAAUGUCCUGUGUCCAAACAUGAAGGUUCAACCUGAUCGGUUUCAGCCCAACAGCACCAGUUAUGGUCUUGAAGAGGUUCCAGGGUUCGACCUGAUGGAGUACUUCAAUGUGAGAGAUAUUCUGGGAACCAGAGUUGAUGAAGGCCAAAGUUCUUACGUUCGCCUUGGCACCAUGCCCAUUGUGCAGCAAACAGAAGACGUGUUUCCUCAAGGGUUGCCAGAUGAAUAUGCCUUCGUGACGACAUUCAAAUUCAGGAAAACCUCACGACGUGAAGAUUGGUACCUCUGGCAGGUUUUUGACAAAUAUGGAAUCCCACAGGUGUCCAUCCGCGUGGACGGUGAGAACAAGGCGGUGGAGUACAAUGCUGUUGGCCUGACAAAAGACGCUGUCCGAGCUGUGUUCAAGAACCCUGAAGUCGACAACCUGUUUGACCGCAACUGGCACAAGAUCGCCCUCAGCGUGGAGGCCAAGUCUGUGUCUCUGUACCUGGACUGCAAACACAUCCAGACUCUGCCCAUUGGAGACAGGGAGGACAUUGAUAUCCAGGGGAAGACAGUGAUUGGGAAGAGGCUUUAUGACAGUGUCCCUAUCGAUUUUGACCUCCAGAGGAUGAUGAUUUACUGCAAUUCCAAGCACGCAGAGCUGGAAACCUGUUGUGAUAUACCCAAUGGUCCUUGCCCUAAGAAAGUGGUUACGGAGGCCACCCCUAUUGAGAUCCCCACUCCGACACCUACUGCUGUGGAGCAGCAGAGAGGCCCUGAAGUGAACUGUUCGUGCCCUGCAGGAGAUAAGGGAGAUACUGGUCCGCCUGGUGUUGCAGGUCCUAAGGGUGAAAAGGGUGACACUGGCCUUAAGGGCGCCUCCGGAUCACCUGGAAUCAGAGGACAAAAAGGAGAAACUGGCAAUGUAAACUCUGUCAAAGGUGACAGAGGUGAGAAGGGUGAUUCAGGCAGCGUAGGGUUGACAGGUGCUCCUGGACAAAAAGGAGAGAAGGGACUUGGUGGUGUGCCAGGUAUUGACGGCUUAUCUGGAGACAAAGGAGACAAAGGUGAAGCGGGGCGGGCUGGUAAUCCAGGACUGCCAGGUGUAGCUGGACAGAAGGGAAUUCAAGGGGAUGAAGGCACUCCUGGCACGCCAGGACCAAAAGGUGUCACUGGUGAAUCAGGUAUAAAAGGUGAAAAAGGAUCUCCGGGAGCCAUGGGCGUGGCAGGUUCGGAUGGAUUCCCUGGCAAACCCGGUGUUCCAGGGAAAGAUGGUUUGAGAGGACUGGUUGGUGCACCCGGGCCCGGCGGAAUUCAAGGCAUCAAGGGGGAGAGAGGCCUUCCCGGAUUACCUGGGGAUGUGCAUCACAAAGAAGGCUUACAGGGUGAAAAGGGAGAUGCUGGACCGCCUGGACCUCCUGGGCCCGAGGGCCCCCCGGGGCCUCAGGGUCCUCCCGGUCUGCAGGGUGAAACUGGGCAACCCGGAGAGUUUGGCCAGAGGGGAAAGAAAGGUGAAAGUGGAUUGCCUGGAGUGGAUGGCCUUCCCGGACCCCCUGGUCCUCAGGGUCCAUCUGGGCCACCAGGAAACCAAGGACACACUGGACCUCCUGGUCUACCUGGUGAGAUUGGAUUUUCGGGCAAACAUGGAGAGCCUGGAAAGCCUGGUCUUCCUGGUAAAGACGGCCUGGAUGGACUUCCUGGAAAUGACGGUGCCGUGGGGCCCAGGGGAGAGCGCGGAGCAGAUGGCUUUGCCGGCAAGCCAGGGCCUAAGGGUGACGACGGGCCUCCCGGACCAAGAGGACCUCCAGGGGAGAGAGGAGAAUCUGGUUCCCCUGGGCAACAAGGUGGUGCUGGAGUACGAGGAGACAGGGGUGUUCCGGGCGAAAGAGGACAGGAUGGACCCGUCGGGCCAAAGGGUGACAAGGGCGACAAGGGUGAAGUGGGAGCUCGGGGACUACCUGGCAUUCCAGGAAAUGUGGCAAAUGUCAUCCCUGAGCCUGGUGAACCUGGAAUACCUGGAGAAAAGGGAGCAAAGGGGGAUCAAGGGAGCCCAGGAGAGACGGGUCAAAGAGGGCUACCUGGUGAACAAGGCUUUAAGGGACCAGCUGGACCAGCGGGUCCGAAAGGUGAAACUGGACUUAAGGGAGAGACUGGACGAGUUGGAGACCCUGGUCCACCUGGCAUAGCUGGUCCUCAAGGUCCUCGUGGAUUACCAGGGAACGUGGGCAUACCAGGGAUCAUUGGGCCUCCCGGGCCAGCUGGACAGAGAGGAGACAAGGGUGAACAAGGUAAACCAGGACAAGCAGGUCCUUCAGGCCCAUCCGGAGAUCCCGGUUUGACUGGACCCCCUGGACCACCAGGAAAGGGCAAAGACGGGCAAAACGGGGAGACCGGACCACCGGGAAUUCAAGGUCCCCCAGGGCUAAAGGGCCAACCAGGGUCACGAGGAGAACCGGGGUUACCGGGGGACAGGGGUGCUGCAGGAGAAGGCAAAGUGGGACAACCGGGGCCUCCGGGAAAUAAUGGCUUGCCCGGACCUGCGGGCUUGAGGGGUCUGCCAGGAGUUGCCGGUCCUCAGGGCCCAGCAGGACAUAAUGGUUUACCAGGCAGGCCGGGAGAAAAGGGAUCACCAGGAGAGCCUGGGAAGGCAGCAGACCUCUCCGACCUAAAUCUGAAGGACGUUUGCUCGGACUGCCCUGCAGGGCCAGCUGGACCGCCCGGUCUCCCAGGAGUCCCAGGGGACAAAGGACACCAGGGACCUCCGGGGAAAAACGGUCAAGAUGGUUACCAAGGCCCGCCGGGAGCAGCCGGAGCUCAAGGGCCCCCUGGAGCCGACGGCGGAAAGGGUAUAAAAGGUGAUCGAGGACCCGCUGGAGGCCCUGGAGAGAAAGGAGACAAGGGUCACCCGGGACCCCCUGGUCAACCAGGUACCCCUGGCUUGAUGGGUACACCUGGAAACGAUGGACAGCCUGGCUCUGUUGGCCCCCCAGGGCCCCCUGGAGAAAAGGGCAAAGAGGGUCUCAAAGGAAUCCAGGGACCACCGGGUCUUCCUGGCUUGAUCGGCCAGCCUGGCAAAAUGGGAAAAGAUGGCAGACCGGGUGAAACAGGAGAACCUGGCAAGCAAGGUGAACCUGGACCAGCAGGAAACCCGGGGCUCAGGGGACUCCCGGGCUUUAAGGGCCACAGAGGAGAAUCUGGAGCUCCUGGACCUAAGGGAGAAGACGGAAAUCCUGGAUCAGCUGGGCAUGAUGGCAAACCUGGGAAGGAGGGCCCUAUGGGACCUCCAGGCAGAGAAGGACUUAGUGGACCAAGUGGAGAUACGGGCAAGCCAGGUGAACCAGGGCCAUCGGGAAAAGCGGGUCUCCCUGGAUCUCCUGGUCUUAGAGGAGACAAGGGAGAGGCCGGCAACCCAGGAUUACCAGGCUUUAGUGGGCCUAAAGGCCCCGCGGGUCCACCCGGUCCAAUUGGCCCAGAAGGAAAGCAGGGGAUGCCAGGCAGAGUUGGUGAUCGUGGCCUCAAAGGAGAUAAGGGAGACUCAGGUGUGAAGGGAGAUAAAGGAAUUUCAGGAGAUCCAGGUAUGCCUGGAAACCCUGGACCCCCCGGCAGAAAGGGCCACACAGGGAUGAUGGGCAUGUCAGGACCACCAGGGGAAAUGGGACCUCCCGGGGCACAAGGAGUCUCAGGAAACCCCGGUCUCCCAGGCCAAAGGGGAGAGUCAGUAUCACUGGAGCAGAUGAGACGGCUCAUCCAGGAGGAGCUGGCAAAGCAAUUAGACGCCAAAAUGGCUUACCUCAUGGCUCAGAUCCAGCCAGCCCAUGUGAAGAGUACAGCGGGACGUCCAGGACCUCCAGGCCCUCCAGGUAAGGACGGCAAUUCCGGACGACCUGGCCCCCCUGGAGAGCCCGGUAUGCCUGGACAGAAUGGGGGAGAAGGACCCAGGGGACCCAUGGGCCCUAAAGGUGAGAAAGGAACAAGAGGAGAAAAGGGAGAACCUGGUAUCGGCGAAAGAGGAGAGCAAGGACCCUCUGGCCCAAUAGGUCCUGCUGGUCUGCCCGGUUAUGGUAAAGACGGAAGCCCGGGACAAGCCGGAGCCCAGGGAGAGCCAGGAAACCCCGGCCCCCACGGUCAGCCCGGACCUCCAGGCCCUGCUGGCCAAUGUGACCCCACCCAGUGUGCCUACUACGCCAGCCUGGCACAGAGACCCCACACCAAAAAUGUCAAGGGGACUUAAGAUCCGAAAGCGACACACAAAGAGCUUGGAAGUCCAGCUGUAUUUAUGAACUUGGAUCUGAAUCAAGAACUUUUUAACAUUGUCAAGAUAACCUCAGUAUGGAGGGCUGAAGCAAUAUGUGCUGCCGGUCAGAUUCUUUGUUUUGUGUGGGUUUUUUUUUUUUUUGGUAAGAAGCUUGGGAUGGAUUAAGCACCGACGGGAAUCUUUUUUCAGAUCAUACAUUGGGUAAUGAGGGCAGCUAAACAGUUUUUUUACUCACUCGCAUGCUUCCUGUAAAAUAUAUAUAGGGAGAUAAGAGGGAUGAUGCAACUCCUAUCACUCCACCAUUUUGCAUCAAUUAGCAUUCACAGCCCACACUAUCCUACGUCAAGCAAAAGAUGUCAGUUACUGCUCACUGAAUUGAUCUUUUGCUGAGAGUCUAUUGGUAAUUACUCAGUCAGGGGGAAUUAUCUGUUUUAUGGGGGGGGGGGGUUGUGUAGGAGGAGUGUUAAUGAGUUAGUGUGUAGAGUAACGAAUGACAGCUUGUAUGCACUUCUUGCCUCCGCGCUGGUAAAAUUACUUUUAGAAAAAUAAUCCCCCCCUUUUGUAAACAUGUCUGAUUUAUUUAGACAGAAACAAAACAAUAUUUUAUUCUGGGAAUAAACUGGAGGCAGCAGAUAUUACCUUUCUGUCACAACUCGUAAAUUAGAGCCUUUCCUUGGCAACGGUGUUUGAAGCCUUUUGGAGAAAAAAAAUACCCGGAAGGCUUUCAUUGUAACAGUUUAUUUGCCAAAACAACAGUUUAUUUGUCAAAAAGAAUGCAACACAGAAAACACGCUAUUAAUCAUUUUGUAUACAUUUGUAUCAUUUAAAGGUGGAUAUCUAAUUUUGAAAUGAAAGUCAUUUGAAUUUGCUUAAAAAAAUCUGUCCAAAAUAGUACAUGACAUGUAUGUAUAAUUCCUACAUACCGUGUAUUGAUUUGUUCCAAGCUCGCACACAGGAUGCCUAUUAAAGCUGAGUCUAAGAAGACAGAAGUCGAGACAGGAAGAAAUGUCACUGUUAGGUUUGUGCUUUCAUGUUUAAUGAAGUUGCUCUGCUUUUUUUGGGGUAUGCAUAGACUUGAGCAGUGAACUGCUUUGAGGAGGUGGUAUAAUCGCAGCCUUUGUUCACCUUUCUUGAAAAGCUGCUUGUUUCGCAGCGCUUUCUCUAAAUGUGUCACAUCCUUUCUGUUCGGUUGAGGCUUAUUAAGUGCCUACGCUGUGGCAGGGUCCGGGCAGCUCAAACCCUGCUCUGAAAACACACAGCUUUUCUUAUUUGUCCCCUGGAACCUCAAAAUUGGAGAGUUGCUUCCCUGCAUCCUGAUGACCAAACCAUUGUGCUAACCAUUUGAUAGAUGUUUCACCUUAGGUCCCUCAUGGACUAAUUACACCUCUUCCCAACCUCAGACCAGCUGGUCAUCUAGAACUUUUCUAACAGCCUAAAGGUAUCACAUUUGUCUUCCUUUCAAAAACACGAAGAAACGCAUCAAUACAAACAAGAGCAAAAAGGGAAGUGGGGGGGGGGCAAUUUUCAAGCACAGGAUAUAGAAAUCUUAUGAGAGCUUGCCAAUACAUAGAGUAUGAGCUACAGGUCAAAGUUGAUCACUAUAUGGGCCAGUCAUACUUAUCAUCUCUUGCUCUGCUUACCUAGUAGAAGGCCAUUCAUGAAGAAUGUAAAGGGGCUCUGACAUAACUUAGUUUUGAAGAUGUUGGUAAGGCAGAGUUUUUUUAGUUUGACCGACCACUCUCAGCUGCUCUGCAGGCACGAGUCAUUUCAUUUCUCGUGUUAAAGCAACGCUGUGUCAUUUUACGAAAGAAGAAAUAACACAUUUUUCGUCUUACAAAUCAAAAGUUGAAUUCAUAGGCCCCUAAAAUGCACCCUUGCUAAAUUCAGUACACUGAGGGGUUUUGUUGCUACAGCCUUACUUGGUCUGUUAAGACCAUUAGCUUAGGGUGGCUAAUAUUAGCUAAUUUUAGCACAAGGUUGAAUUUAACAUGUGUGGCCUCUGUUUGUCAAAAGUUCCAUAUAGUAACAAUGUCACACAGGCUUUCUUAAAACUACACUUAGGUGGUGUAAUUUUUGAAAAUAUUCAAAUGUUUGUAGAUUCAGUACAUUAUGCCUCCUUUCUUCAACGUUCAAUUUACAAUAGGUUCAGAAUCAAAUGUGGUCCUAAUAUAUGUCCUAAUGUGUGAUUGGAAUAAAAGACCUGCUCUGUCAAUGAUGGCAUACCAUUUAAUAUUAGCUGCUUCUUUGUCAGUGGUGUAUUAUUGAACAAUCAAACAAUAUCAGUAUUGCCCUUUUUGGUUUUGUAAAUGUUUGUGUUAUAGGGUGGGAUAAUAGGUUGCUGCACACAGCUUACAUUUUUUUCAAUGCAUAUAAGCAAAGCAUCUUUCAUUAUUCAAAUUAGCUGUUUGUGAUAAUUGAUCGAUUUUCUAAGUUAUACUGCUAAAUUAUUCAUGAGUUGAACCAACACAAGUGUGUUUUAACGCGUUGACUAAAAUCUGUUUCCCCCCUUUUUUCCUGAUGAAUUGGUGCUAAGAUAUUUUAUAUUAGUAGCAUAUUGUAAGUAUUGGAAAGACACAUGUACUGUACUGUAUAAUAAAGACUGGAAAGGAUUCAUUUUAUAAUA